CGAACACAUUUUAUGUUCCUCGCUUUAGAGAAAGAUGGCAGCCUACUUGCACUGGGUUGUCAAUUAAAAAAAUCACUACUUCCUGCAGGAUGCAUUUCAAGGAAAGUGUUUGAACAUUUGGAUAAUCGUGCAUGUAAUUGAUUUAUAAUUUACAAUGAUAUCAACAAGAUACGUGUCAUUUUUAUCCGGAAUAAUAAUAGCCUCUUUAACAUGGGCAUUCAGUCUAUAUCUUUAUUCGAGAUUGUCACAAAAUACCAUCACUGCCAGUCCCACAAUGUUAGUACCUGGCGUAUCUAGUCAAGCGCUCAAGGAAUCAUUAUUCAAGCAUAGGGACAAGAGUGAGAAGAAUAUCAUGUUACGUGAUAAUGUUGUCGUCGCCCGCAGUGAGAAGCAAACAAUGAUUGGUAAGAAAAUCUACAAUUUAAAGGGCAAUAAAGAUUACCAGAACAACGACUUGCUCCCGCAGCAACUGCAACCUGUUCCAGUAAAACCUGCGGUUACAUUGGACCAAGGUUUGGAUGAAUUGGGAAUGGUAAAGAAUCUAGAUGAUCAGCGAAAGAGAGAUGAGGGAUACAAAAAUUAUUCAUUUAAUGUUCUGAUAUCAGACAAUCUUGGUGUGCUAAGAACUCUACCAGACACGAGACACAAAUUGUGCCGAGCACGAAAAUAUCCCACCAAUUUGCCAAAUGCCAGUAUAAUCAUAUGUUUUUACAACGAGCACUACAUGACAUUACUGCGAUCGUUGCAUUCCAUAAUUGACAAGACGCCAACGUCACUACUACAUGAAAUUAUCUUAGUGAAUGAUUACAGCGAUAGCAAUAUAUUGCACGAGAAGAUAAAAGUAUACAUUACAAACAACUUUGACGCUAAAGUGCAAUUUUUCAAGACUGACAAGAGAGAAGGUUUAAUCAGAGCACGAGUGUUUGGUGCGAGGAAAGCAACUGGCGAUGUUUUGAUUUUCUUGGACAGUCAUAUAGAGGUCAAUGAAGUAUGGAUAGAGCCACUUCUCUCAAGAAUCGCUCACUCGAAAACUAUCGUAGCUAUGCCGGUAAUCGAUAUUAUAAACGCGGACACGUUUCAAUAUACAGGCAGCCCACUGGUGAGAGGUGGCUUUAACUGGGGUCUUCAUUUUAAAUGGGACAAUUUGCCAAUUGGGACACUGAAACAAGAAGAUGAUUUUGUAAAGCCUAUCAAGUCGCCGACAAUGGCCGGAGGGUUGUUCGCUAUCGAUAGAGAAUACUUUACAAAGAUUGGAGAAUAUGAUACCGGUAUGGAUGUUUGGGGUGGGGAGAAUCUUGAGAUAUCGUUCCGAAUAUGGAUGUGCGGCGGUAAUAUCGAGCUCAUUCCUUGUUCACGGGUGGGCCAUGUCUUCAGGAGACGACGACCGUACGGCUCGGACGACCCACAGGAUACCAUGUUGAAGAAUUCCUUGCGCGUCGCCCAUGUGUGGUUGGACGAGUAUAAGGAUUAUUUUCUGAGAAACGUUAGGAAAAUCGAUUUCGGCGAUAUCUCGGAACGGCAGGCGUUGCGGCAGAGGUUGAAAUGCAAGACUUUCGGUUGGUACUUAAAGGUGGUUUAUCCUGAACUGACAUUGCCGGAUGAUACGGAAAGACGACUGAAGGAUAAGUGGUCGAAACUUGACCAAAGGCCGGUGCAGCCGUGGCACUCAAGGAAGAGAAAUUAUACCGAUCAGUACCAAAUUAGACUUUCAAAUUCUGCACUUUGCAUACAGAGUGAAAAGGACAUCAAGACUAAAGGCUCCAGACUUAUUCUGAUGCCGUGCUUAAGAAUUAAAUCACAGAUGUGGUAUGAGACUGAUAAGAAUGAACUGGUACUUGGACAAAUGCUCUGCCUGGAGGGAGCAGAGAAGACUCCAAAACUUGGAAAGUGUCAUGAAAUGGGUGGAAGUCAAGACUGGCGUCAUAAGCGCAUCAGUGGUACACCUAUAUACAAUAUGGCGGCUGGGACUUGUUUAGGGGCAAUGCGUGACAUAAGAAAUGCUCAAAUCGUCAUGGACCUUUGCACAAAAUCGAACGCUUCAUUGAUAACUUGGGAUCUCAUCCGAUCGAAGGUUCCCUCUAAAGAGAUUAGAUGACGUCGGAAGAAAGGCCGUAAAAAUAGAAAAAAGAAUUACGAAGACUGGCUUGGGAGGAAAUGGUAGGCUCUAUAAUAAACUGUAUAUACUCGACAAAUAUUUAUAAUCGGAAGUAGAAAAUUUCACACGUCGAGUCUUGAAAUAAUUUUAAUAGAAAAUAAGUGAAAGGCUCCCAUGACUUUUCAGCAAGGCUUUAAAACAGUUGAAAGUAUUGUAAUUGUAUAAGAAAGAAAUGUUGAAUCUCUUCAAUCUAGUGUAUAUAUGCACUGUAGAGGACCUCCCAUUUUGUAUUUUUGUCACUUCUCUACGCUAUUAUAAACUUAUACAGA